AUGUCGAAAGUGGCUGGCCGACGGAGCAAGUUCGAGGAGCUUCGGGCCCUGCGGAAAGCGGGCAAGAAGGCCUUCGACUCGUACGAAGUGGAGGAUGCCGACAAGCUGUACGAGUUGGUCGACGAUGAUCAGUACAAGAACAUUGUCCGCUCGCGCCUAAACCAGGAUGACUUCGUCGUUGACGACAAUGGAGAGGGCUAUGCGGACGAUGGCCGAGAGGAAUGGGAUCGUGCACAUGUGUACGAGUCCGACAGUGACGACAACAUGGUUGCCCGGACAAAGGACCGCAAGUCAUCCAAGAAGUCUCGCGAAGAGGACCAGGCAAAGAGGGAUGCCAACGAUCGGAACAUCGCCGAAUACUUCACAAAGGGCGCUGCAAAACCACAGGCAAAGACAAAAGUUGUAGUUACAAAAGACGAUGACAGCUUCAUGGCCAGCUUACUAGAUGAGGUCGACACCAAUCUCCCCACUGCUCUGCCAGUCAUAAAGAAGAAGAAGCGGACGGUGGACCAGCGCAAAUCCCGAGACUUUUCCCCCCCUGCGGGCAUCCGACAGCCUCUCCCCAAAAGAGCGAAAGUUGAGCUACCACCAGCGCCGGCUAACAUCAGCUUCGCGGACGACGACGACGACGACGAUUUUGCCGCCCUCCAUGACGAAAACAUUCCCGCCAGUGACGACAUCCCGAUGAGUGAUCCGAUGCCUUCAUCGCCUACCGUCCAAGUUGCCAGGCGCAAGGCUCAGCCUGCCCAGGCUGUUGCGGAGCAGAUCACGACUAUCAAAGAGGAGGAAGACGAAGACGAUGGCAUGAUGGAGGUGGCCCACGCCGGUGCUGUGACUGCCGCGAGCGUGAACUUGUCUGCGGCACGGCCAUUGAAAAAGCUGGUCAAGGAGGAAUUGUUCCUAUCGCCGACCAAGGCUGCUGUCGCCGAGGACAAGGUCGACGCGUCGGCCUGGAACAAGCUGAACGAUAAGCUCAACGUGAUGAGCAGUCCAAAGACAGCAGAAGCAGAAUCACACACGAUGGGAGGCAAGGUCGACUACAAGGACGCCAUCGAACAGGACGGCAGCCUCAACUUUUAUUGGACAGACUACACCGAGAUCCAUGGAAGCCUGUGUCUGUUUGGAAAGGUUCUCAACAAAAAAACCAAGAAGCACGUCAGCAGCUUUCUCAAGAUCGACAACAUCCAGCGGAAGCUCUUUUUCCUACCGCGCCAACGGCGCAGCCAAGACGGCGAGGAGACUGGGGAUGAGGUCAGCAUGGCGGAUGUGUACGGUGAAGUGGACGCUCUCAUGACGAAGAUGGGCGUACCGCAGCAUAAGACGAAGCCUUGUACACGAAAGUAUGCGUUUGAGUUACCGAACAUUCCCAAGGAGGGCCGGUACUUGAAGCUACUGUACCCGUACACAAAACCAGUGAUUGCCGAAGCAGGCGGCGUGACGUAUUCGCAUGUCUUUGGCACGAACACUGCGCUUUUCGAGCAGUUUGUGUUGUGGAAGAACGUGAUGGGCCCUUGCUGGCUCAAGAUCGAGGAUGCAAAUUACAGCGCGCUGAAAAAUGCGUCACACUGCAAGCUGGAGGUGCUCGUCGAGCACCCCAACAUGGUGUCGACGCUCAAUGAUGCCGACGCUCCAGAAGUACCGCCGCUGACGAUGAUGAGCAUGGCGGUGCGGACGGUGUACGAUGAUAAAGCAAAGCGACAAGAGGUGAUGGCGAUCAGCGCGCGGAUAUACGAAAACAUUUCUUUGAGCGACACGACACCGGCUGAGAAGCUGCCAUGUCGGACAUUCACUGUGAUCCGGCCGAGCAGCGACGGCUUCCCUCUGGGCUUCGAAACCUUGGCGCACGACAAGACACGGCAUCGCGGUCUGGUGCGGCCAGUGAGACAGGAGGCUGAGGUUCUUUCGUUCUUCCUGGCACAGGUCUCGAGCGUCGAUCCAGAUGUGAUUAUGGGUCACAAGCUGGAGGGCGCCGACUACAGUGUUCUCCUGAGUCGGAUGCGUACUCUCAAGACGCCAAAUUGGUCGCGACUGGGGCGGUUCCGGCUCAACCAGUGGCCCGGAUCGCUGGGACGAGGCGGCAGCGACGUAUUUGCGGAGCGACAGGUGAUCGCGGGCCGGCUGCUGUGUGACCUCGCAAACGAUGCCGGGCGAUCGGUCAUGUUCAAGUGCCAGUCAUGGACGCUGACGGAGAUGUGCAGCCUGUAUCUGGGCGGCGACAACCAGCGCCGUGAGCUAGACAACGAGGUGGCGCUGAAGACGUGGGCGAAGACGAAGGAGGGCCUGCUGGACUAUGUGGGCCACCUGGAGGCGGACACGUACUUCAUCGCAGCGCUGGGGCUGCGAGUUCAGAUCCUGCCGCUCACAAAGGUGUUGACGAACCUGGCAGGUAACUCGUGGGCGCGCACGCUGACGGGAACGCGGGCAGAGCGCAACGAGUACAUUUUGCUGCACGAGUUCCACCGCAACAAGUACAUCUGCCCGGACAAGCAGAAGUUCCGGGGGCGCGGACAGGGUGAGGACGACAACGCGGACGGCAAGAAGAAGGACAAGUACAAGGGUGGUCUCGUGUUUGAGCCAGAACGAGGCCUAUACGACAAGUUUGUGCUGGUCAUGGACUUUAACUCGCUGUAUCCGUCCAUCAUCCAGGAGUUCAACAUCUGUUUUACGACAGUCGAGCGGGCCGCUCUGUCGGACGAAGGGGACGCUGUUCCAGAAGUGCCGACGGAACAAUCACAGGGCGUGUUGCCGAGACUCAUUGCGACACUGGUGUCCCGACGUCGACAAGUGAAGAGUCUCAUGAAGGACAAGACGGCGACGGCCGAGGAGCUCGCGACAUGGGACAUCAAGCAGCUAGCACUCAAGCUGACGGCCAACUCGAUGUACGGCUGUCUGGGAUACACACAGUCGCGGUUCUAUGCACGGCCGCUGGCAGUGUUGGUGACGUACAAAGGCCGUGAGAUUCUGCGGAGCACCAAGGAGCUGGCGGAGAGCAUGUCGCUGCAGGUGAUUUACGGCGACACGGACUCGGUCAUGAUCAACGCGAACGUGGACAACGUUGCGGACGCAAUGCGGGUGGGACAGGAAUUCAAGCGGACAGUCAACGAGCGAUACCGGCUGCUGGGAGGAUUUGACAUUGACAAUGUCUUCCGGCGGAUUCUGCUGCAGGCGAAGAAAAAGUACGCGGCCAUCAAUAUGGUGGAGGUGGGCGGCAAGUACGUGGAGAAGAUGGAAGUAAAAGGACUGGAUAUGAAGCGGCGCGAAUACUGCGCGCUGUCCAAGGAGAUGUCGACGCGGAUCCUGAACGAGAUCCUGUCGGGAGAGGAGACGGAGGUGUCGGUGACGCGGAUCCACGCGUAUCUGCGGGAGAUGGCAGCGAAGAUGCGGGGAACCAGCAGCGACGAGACGGAGGACAACAACGGCACGACGACGACGACGACGACAGCCAGCAGCAUCCCAGCGGCCAAGUACAUCAUUUUUACGCAGCUGGGCAAAGAACCGACCGACUACCCGAACGCGGAAACGAUGCCACAGGUGCAGGUUGCACUGCGUGAACGAUCUCAGGGCCGAAAGGUCAGCAAAGGCGACGUGGUCAGCUACCUGAUCGCGACGGGCACAUCGGCACCUACAUCGGAGCCGGCAGCCAAGCGGGCGUAUACGCUGGCGGACGUGCAGCGCAAAGACUCGGGCCUGACGCCGGACGUGGAGUGGUACAUUGGCAAGCAGAUCUUCCCGCCGGUCGAGCGGCUGUGCGCCAACAUUGUGGGAACAUCGACAGCACAGCUGGCUGAGAACUUGGGGCUGGAUAUGCGGCGAUAUGCGGCUGGUGGCGGCGGACAGGGACAGCACGGUAGCAAUGGCGGCAUGGGGGUCAACGGUGAGCUGAUGGAGGUGCACCCGCUGGAGUCGCAGAUCCCGGACGCAGUGCGGUUUCGCGACUGUGCGCGGCUACAGCUGCGAUGUCGCAAGUGCAAGGCCACGGACCAGUUUGAGGGCCUGUGGAGUGAAGACGGCGAACAGACGAUCCAGGCUGAAAAGGCGAUGCACGUGACUCCGGCAGGUGUGGCUUGCAAGUGUGGCGCAGCGCUGUCGACGCUAUCGGUAGUGGCGCAGGUCGAGCACGCAGUGCGCAUGGCGACGUCACGCUACUACGAGGGCUGGCUGGUCUGCGACGACCCGUCAUGCGGCCAGCGGACACGGCAGAUGAGCGUGUACGGGACGCGGUGUCUGGGGCCCAAGGGACUGGCUCGCGACUGUCUGGGCCGCAUGCGCUACGAGAUGGGCGAGCGCGACAUCUACAACCAGCUGGUGUACUAUGCCGGCCUGUUUGACGUCGACAAGGCGCGAACAGCCGUCCUGGCAGCAGCAGCCGACAAAGACGAACAAGAUCGCGUGCUGGCGCUGGCCGAGCACAACCGCGUGCGCUUUGGCAACGUCAAGGCGGCCGUCGAGCGCUAUCUCGACAAAUGCGGCCGGCGCUGGGUCGCCAUGGACACGCUGUUUGCCAAGCUGGGCUUUGCGGUGCCUGCACGGUGA